AUGAUGUUGGUUCGGCCCCCAUGUCGCCGACUGGCCCCGGAGUCUCCCCUAAAAAGGACAGAUUCCAAGCGAGACAACCUGGGGUUGAUGGCGUUGAUCCCAGAUAAAUUUGGUUCAUCAUCAUCAAACAAACGCUUCAAAUACAAAAAUCUUUAUGACCUGGUUAUUACACGAAAAAUACCGGAAAUACAGUUAGAGGGGAGGCACCAAUCACACAUGUACAAAAAAACCCAUACACAAAAAUGGGAAAAAAACACGUGCUCCUAGUUGUCGAAGAGAUCCCUAGCUUAACCUAGCCUGGAUUGUGACUACCUUUCCAAAAGAUUCCUAGUCCUGAUAUCCUGAGUGCUAAUUAGCUAACGACUAGAACUAACCCUGGGGGCGCCUUCCAUCUAAGAAAGAAAUUGUCCCCGGCCAACAUGGGUAAAUUCCAAUGAAAAACUAAAUCCAAAAAUCUCAAUCCAAAAAAACAGAUGAGUAAACCCUAGUGUUCAAAUUGAACGAAAAACGAGAUCCUGUGGAAUAACAAGGGAGAGCGGGAAACCAAGGGAGCUCAGCUCAACCAAAAACCUCUACAUUAACCGAGUUUGCCCGUCAAACAACCAAACAAAAAGUUGCGACUGAGGAGACUCUUCCCUAAAAAAACCUUUCCAUUCGUUUCCCGCUCUUUUUUUAACGAAGAAACAAAAAAAUUUAAAAAAAGAAGAUCAACAAAAAAACGAUUAGUUUUGACCGCCGCGACGAGGGCGCUUCCUCGUCCCUUUGGUUUACCCCUUGAGUGGUCGUGCAGCGCGGUUGCUCGCAACUGCACUGGAAAAUUCCUUUUUAACCUUUCUUUAAAAUCCUUUUUGUUUUCCUUUUUGUUUCCUAAGUUUCUUUUAAAAUCCUUUUGAUUUUCCUUUUUAUUCCCUAAGUUUCUAAUUCCUGUUACACUUUCAGUCUGAAUUUAGUUUUCGAAUCCACCUAAUUGUAUGAGUCAAAGAUCGCAAAUCGAAUCUUCCACAAGGACCUUUUUUUCCUUCCUUGACUCUGGAAGUCACAUCAUUUUUCAAGAGUGGCAACUCUUCAGAAAACUCUUUGGGGAUCCAGUUUGGCAGUUUUCUUCUCCUUUUUUUUUCAAAUGUGCACUCGAUUAGUCAUUCCUGUCACACAAACGCUUCGAGCGGCACUAAUCGUUAUGCGAAAAAAGGGAAAGAGGGACUGCCUUAAUGAAGACUCAUCAAGGCGCCGAAUGUCCUUCCAAAUGCGUUUCGAAAUGUCCUUCAAAGAAAUGAGCCUUGGCGUUCAGGUUUGGCCGGCGACGUUGGCAAUUUCUUCGGGAAGCAGUACCAAAAUGCCAAGGAUCUGUUCGCCAACGAUCAGACUGUGGGUUUCAUUUUCUUUUCUCAUUGUGAAUAAAGGUUGAAAAUUUUCCGUUGCCAAAACAAAACGAGAAAUUUCGAAUUCAGAACAAUCGGCUUUUGAGGGGUCUGAGGCUGUUGUUCAAAAAGCUUUUUCUUCUGAUUCCCAGAAAAUUCUCUUGAUCACUAGAGGAGCAUCUUCAAAAAGUAUUUUUGAAGGGAUUUUCUAGGAAAAAAAUCUAGAAAUAUCGCAAUAAAUUUGUAAAUUGACGAAAAUAAAUUGUUUUAACAGUAUUCCUGCCCCUAUAGUGCUCACUAAUAGCUCUAAAAGUUCAUAAGCUCUACCCAAAGCUCUCGAGGCUUCUAAAAUGACUUCUUAAUAUUAUAAAAACCUUCAAGCUUCUGAUAAACUUCUAAACUGGCCUGAUAUUUAAAAAAUCAUCCCAAUAAGGAGCCAUCAUAAAGUCAGAAAUAAACUUUUUUUUUUUUCCAGAUGCUCGAGCAGAACAUCGAGCGCGUGAAAGGUCUUCUCACCACGAUCAAGGAAAAACUUCAGGUUAUUUUUUAAAUUCUUGAUUCUCUGCAAGUCCAUUAUAGGAUAUGAAAUUAGAAAGACUAAUUUCUGAAUUUUUGCAGGUUUUGAGCCCAAUCGCCUCGGACGCCCAGAAGGCCACCUUGGCGCAGGUUGACGCCUUCUCCACCAAGGUCGACAACUUCCAGAAGGAGGUCUGUUUAUUGUCGAGUGGAAAAAGCGAAGAAAUAAAUACUCGUCGCGGAGCAGUCAACAGCCUGGUUGUUGUUUUCGCUCAUCGUGGCGUCCGGUUUCCUUCGUGAAAAGACGGAUUUAUUUUAUGAUCAACACACGAAAAAACGUCCAUAAAAUCAGCUAGGGUUUUUUUUCUUAAGGCAAAAGCUUAGAGAAAAAAAUGUUUAUAUAGUAGAUUUUUGAAAAAGUACCAGAAGUACCAUUUCGUUUGAUACUGUCUGAAAACCUCCAAAGCGCAAAGCCUCUUAUCUGUCGCGUCAAGACCCGAAAAUUCCCAACUUUUCGCUCUAAAAAUCUUUUUUUGGGCGUUAGAAAGAUUUUUAAUGAUUAAGGUACAGCAAGAGAUUCUGAAAAGAAAAUUACUUUUUCUUAUCUCUUUCGUAGCCUUAACGUAACCUUUUCAAAGAAUCCUUAGGAACGCCAUAGUGGCCCCUAUAGGGGUGAUGUGGGAAACCAGCCCCUGUAGUGGACAAAAAGCGAUAUCUCUACUUUUUGUUGAUAUUUUUUUCUUAGCGAUGCUUAUUUUCAUAGCUUCAUAAAAAUAAACGACCAGCAUGCUUCCCUAGAGUGGCCAUUUUUGCCAGGCCCCUAGAGGGAAUUUUCUAGGGCCCUAUAGGGACCACUCUAGUGUUCCUAGCUAGAAAUAUCUUACGGACUAAUUCAAAUAGUUUGAAUCGGAGGAAGAGCGAAUUUAUAAAAAAAUUUCAAAGUUUAAAAAUACCCAUUAAUUUUUCUAUCUUCCCUCCGUCUCUUUUCCGCUUUUUUUUUUGAAACUCUCUUGAGCCAAAAGAUCAGAAAAACGUCUCAAAUUCAAAAAACCCUCUCCACUCACCAACAAAUCAAUUCUAGUUCCUUUCUCCUCUUAAAAAUGCAUCAGAAUCAGAAGAAAGACGAGGAUGGAAAUUGUUUUGUGGGUGCAAGGAAACAAGCGGUGGUGGCGGGCAAUUUUCCUUGCCCUGGGGGAGAAGGCCGUUUCUGCCGCUCCAAGGAGCAUUACCCGCGCAAUAGUCUGCUCUUUGCUCCCUUGCAAGCCAUCCUCAAGUCUUUUUUGCCAGUAAAAGCAAAAAAAAACUUCAGAAGAAGGGGACCAAUCAUUAGUUCUGUCAACAUUUUCGGCUGAAAAGCUGCCAUUUCCUAGACUAGCUGCUGCCUUCAAAAUAAGCACACAAAUACAAAAUAUGAUGAAAAUAACAAAGCACUGGGUAUUGUUCCCUAUUGAGAGAGGAUUGGCGAGGGAUUAACACACUUUCGCCGAAAUAACUCAUUUUUUUGGGUAAACAGAACCUUGGAAGUUUUAGCUUCAUUAUUAUUGGUAAGCAAUUUUAAGUGGUCUUUAUAGGGCUCAAGUUGUACCUUGAAGUUAUCCCCGAAUCAAUAAAGUUCGGUAUGAAACAGUGGAAAUUAUGGAAAGUUCUAUUUUAAUUCUUGCUUUGUUGAAAAAACGGAUGACUUUUCUAAUGAGAACCUGUAGAAGUCCUAAGUGAUCCCUUAAAGACUUUGCAAUUUUAGGAACUUUUAGAAAGACGCAAAAAAUUUAAAAAAAACACUGGAAUGUUUUAGAAACGUGCUAGAGCCCUCAAUUAACCUUUUUUAAAGAAAAAAAAAUUUAGAAAAUAUUUUUCUUCAUUUUCUCUCGAAUAAAAGUGGAAUUUUUUCGUGAAAGCUGGAAAAAGUCUCAGUUAUUUUUAAAGGGUUUAAAGCUCAAAGUGGCCCCUGAAGUGAAAAGAAACCCGGAGAUUUUUGUCCAGCAUUUCAGUAGAGAAAUGCUGAUUUUCUCCUGAAGUUCUCACCCUUUGUCAAUUCAAAGAAUGCCCUGGGCAAUAUUACAUUUUUCUGCUAUUUCUCCUAUUUUCGUCUCCAAAAGUUCUACUUUUCUUCUAUCCGUCUAUAGGAGUGGCUAUAAAUAACCUAAAUCGAGCCGAAUAACUUUUUAUGUUGGAGUUAUGGGUAGAAGGAAAAAAUGCCAUAAAUUUGGUGGGAUAUGACGAAAAAGGGGUAAAGGUUCAAAAAGCACUUGAUUAGAUUUUAAAAGAGUUCAGCAGAAAAUUGGUGAAGAAAUAAAUUAUAGAAAUUGAGUUUUUUUAAAGAUUUGCUCUUAGUUUUUUUUUUUUGAACUUUAAUUUUUCAAUUUCGCACGGAAAAAAAAGAAAAAGACGUAACUGAAACCGUGAGAAAUUCAAUCUCUGGCUUAAGAUAACAUAUGCUCCAAGGUUUAUCUGGACAUGUUUACAGUCAAAUUUUAAAAGGACUAAAAAUGAAUCUGUAGCUAAAAAAUCUGCAAACCUCUCGGGCCUCUUUGAAGCAACUCGGAGCAUGUUUAGUUACCCCUUUAACGGCGUCAGAACCCUUAAGUGAUUACUGUAAUUUCUCAGAAACAUCCGGUUUGAGUUAGUUAAGUCCAAUCUAGUCCACAUUAAUUAAUUCAGACGAUAAAAAAAAAGUUGCAAUACCUUCAAUAACACUGAAAAUGGCUCGUCGUUGCAAGACCUUUGAGAGAAAUUUUCCAUGCUCCUUUAAACACCCCAUCGAGCUGUUUCGACCAAAGUAUAACACAGCGAAAUCGAUACAUCUCGUUUGGCAGAUCGGUUGUUUUUCGAUUUUGAGACGGGACAUGUUUGAGGGGACUCCAAAACACGCACAAAGAACGGAAAGCGAGAAACUUCUUCCCGCAGUUGUUUGGAGGCGAAAACACCACUGUAACCUUUCUUAUUUCACAGAGGGAGCCUCGCCAAAACAACACGGUUGAGGCGAAACGACCUCGCUUUUUCAAUUUCGGACAUGUCCUUGAAAAAAUGAAAGAGCGCGUCUAUUCAGGGAUCUAUUAGAGACUAGAAAUAAAUAUUAAUUCAAUCGGAAAGUUUCAGGUGCGACAGGAAGGUGCCGCCAAGUUCGAGGAGAACAAGAGCAAGUGGGAAGCCAUGGUCAGCGACAUUUUCGACAAGAACGGCCUCGGCGACAUCGUCAAGCUCAUGAACUCGGGAUCCAUGUGAGUUUGAAAAAUAAGCAUUUAGGCAACAAAAAAAAAACUCAAAAUGACCACCUCGCCUCUUCAUUCAACGGAGAAAAAAAAAGAUAAAAAAAAGAAAAAGCGGUUCAAAAUUCCAAAAAGGAGAUUUUGCGUGACAUUUUCAGGAAAAUUCAAAAAAACUUGUUCAACUUGGCCUUUGAAAAUGAGCUUUUUCAGCUAUUCUGUCUUUUUUUCAAAAACCUUUCUGGGGAUGAAACGCCUAUUGAAGAAAGUUAUAGUAAAAUCUUUCAAUCUUGAAAACAAAUAUUGAAACUUGAACCCAAAAAAUAAAAUAUCAUUCAGGUACUCCUUCUCGGCCGCUCUCCUCAUCCCAAUCGCCUACAUGUUCUUCAACUAA